AUGGCUCGCCAGCAAACAGUCUCUCCGGAGGCGCCAAUGCCAAAGGGCUACGGAUUUCUCAGAAAAGGCAAUCCAUUCAUGACAGGGCUCUGUCGCCGAAAAACUCUGGACGCUAAAAAGACGUUGUAUGUGGUGGUGAAUCAAGGCAAGCAAGAGGGAUUACGAGCACCAAAGUGGAUUUUACAUCAAGUCUUCUCAGAGGAGAAAGCAACUCGAGAGAGAAGGCGCGGUGCUGUGGAGAGGCGGGAUGCAGCAACUGAGGAUGCGUUUGCAACGACCAUCAAGAGACUAUUUGCAAAGAUCCCGGAAGAGGAUCUGAACAAGAUCUUGAGACAUGCCCUCCGAAAACGAAGCGGCAGGGUUGGUCGUACGGGAAAACUAGACUUGGACAGGAAGGCAUAUCUAGCAGUUCAAGCGCAUAUUCGCCAUCGCCAUACGGACUACGAUAAAAUCACCAAGGCGUCAAAAGACCGAGAUGCCGCGAGAGACGCUACCCGGGACGAAGUCUCGAGGGUCUUGGUCGAAUGGGCCAGCGAUCCGGCGGUGAUGAAGUUAGGCAGCGCUGUUCGGAAGGACAAGAAGGGACAGUCUCAGAAGGCUGUGGCACGAGUGGCUCAGAAAUGGCGUGGGUCUCUAACGGCAGCUAUUAAGCCCACGACAGUGUCUAGGCGAGCCGCAAAGCAGCGCCCUCUCUCAAAGACCUCGAAAGAAACGAUGACUCAAUCGCAACCGGUGAUCAUUGACUUGACUCAAGAUGAAGAUGAGGCAGAGGGAAGUGACGCGGCGGAUCAAGCCUCUUCUGUGGAUGAGGACGAGGACUCAGAAGAGGAUGGUGAUGCCUCGUAUGAGCUGUCCGAUUCUGUGGGCUCUGAUAGAGAUUACGAAAUCGACAACGACUGGUUGGACUAA